AUGUACUGUAUGCGGCAAAUUGUUUUCGCGGAAAUCGACUUUUAUCGAGCACGAGAGGACUCACACAGGAGAGAGAGGCCGUAUUCGUGUUCCGAGUGCGGGAAAUGUUUCACCCAAAUUGGGCAUCUUAUCGUCCAUCAGAGAAUCCACACAGCGGAGAAGCCAUAUCCCUGUACAGAGUGUGGGAAAUGUUUCACCCAGAUAGGGCACCUUAUUGUACACCAGAGGACUCACACCGGCGAGAAGCCAUAUUCGUGUUCUGAGUGUGGGAAACGUUUUCCUAUCAGUUCAGCUCUUACCAGACACAAGAGGAUCCACACGGGAGAAAAACCAUAUUCGUGUUCGGAGUGCGGGAAAUGUUUUACCCGGAGAUCCUAUCUUUUUGUCCAUCAGAAGACUCAUACCGGGGAGAAGCCGUGUCUUUGUUGUGUGUGUGGAAGGGGUUUUACUGAUGCGUCAAAUCUAAUUAGACAUGGAAAGGCCCAUACAAGGACUGAAGUAGAUGUAAACUCAAUCAGUCAACUCUUUGAUAUGCUUUAA